UCUGCACAGGACUGUCACAGCCGGAGAAAAAUUUGGCCUGAGCUCUGGCUGGAGUUAAAUUGUUUUACGGUUCGUUUUGGCGGUAUAAAAAAUAUGGUCGAAGUGGCAGGGAAUUUGAAGAUCGUACGCGACAGAAUCAUUGCAGCGUCCACGAGGAGAUCAUCGGAAUAUCAAUACUUUGAGCCACGUUUGGUGGCCGUGAGUAAGAUCAAACCUGCCGAACUUGUAAUAUCUGCGUACGAAGCUGGCCAGAGGUACUUCGGGGAGAAUUAUGUCAAUGAACUGGUCGACAAGGCUAAUCAUCCUGCCGUUCUUGAGAAAUGUAAAGAUAUCCGAUGGCACUUCAUCGGUCACCUGCAGAAGAAUAAAAUUAAUAAACUGCUGGGCACCCCGAAUCUUUAUAUGAUCGAAACCGUCGAUAAUGAGAAACUUGCUACGGCCAUCCAUGGUGCCUGGCCAAAGUUCCGAGCUCAAGACAGCGCGAGAUUAAAAGUCAUGGUUCAAGUGAACACAAGCAAGGAAGAAGAUAAGAAUGGCUGCGAUGUGAAGGACGCACCAAGCCUGGUUAAACAUGUUUUGGAGAAUUGUACAAAUUUAGAAUUUGUGGGACUCAUGACGAUCGGCAUGUUUGGGUAUGAUCAUUCCAAGGAUCCGAAUCCCGAUUUCGUUGCUUUAAAGCAAUGCAAAGCGGACGUCUGCAAGGAAUUAAACCUUGAUCCUAAAUCGGUCGAACUUUCUAUGGGCAUGUCCAAUGACUACGAGCACGCGGUGGAACUUGGUAGUUCAAGCGUCAGAGUAGGCACUGCAAUUUUUGGAGAGCGACCAAAAAAGGAAUCUCAGGCCCAACAGACUUGAGAUAAAAAUCAUAAGUUGUACACGAGAUACUUAGGGUAAAUAUUCCAUUGUACCCGAUUUAUGUCAGAUACUUAAAAUGCACGAAUUUGGGGGGCUUAUCUUCAGGUACUUAUUUUUACUCGGUGGAUGUUACAUUAAUCUAUGUCAAGGGGCUUCUUAUUUUACCUCGUACACGGAGGAAUAUUCCUAGAUGAAUUGUACAUAACAAAGUGUAAAUAAACAUGUGAGGUUCAAUCGAAA